AUGCGCUACGUCAAAUCUUUCACCCUUCACAUAGCCGUCUUAUCCUCCACGGUAAUGACUGCAUUUGGCGCUCACGUCCGCCCCAAGGCCGUUGUCUAUCGCGGCCCAGCAUCAUCGCCCGGCUGUCCAGAGUCACUAGGCCAGCUCCUCGAAUCGUCUCCAUCGAACUUCCAAGUCGUCUACGCCGGGCCUAAUGAGCCUGUUGACGUCAUCGAAGCGCUGAAAGGCGCGACUGUGUAUGCUCACGGCGGCGGACCUAACUGGGGCAAGGCAUAUCGCUCAACAAAGAAGUACCAAAACGCCAUUCGAAGCUUUGUUGAUAACGGUGGCCACUAUCUUGGUUUCUGUCUUGGUGCGUAUCUUGCUGGUCCUACCAAUGGCUAUGGACUGCUUCCCCAGGGCGUCAAGACGGAUCGCGAGGUUGAGCAAAAGAGAGCCCAGAUCGAAGGCGAAGAAGACACCGUUAUCCAAGUCGACUGGAAGUUCGCCAAUGGUCACGUCGAUAAGAAGCGUUGGCUGUAUUUCCAAGACGGUGUCGUGAUUCAAGGUCUCAACGAUAAGAGCCCUGGUCGGAUCGUUGGUCGAUACUCUGCGAAUGGCGAUGUAGCUGCUUCUAUCACGCCCUACGGAAAGGGCUGGGUUGGUCUUAUUGGACCUCAUCCUGAAGCUGACGAUACUUGGUAUGAUGAUGCUGAAAUUACCAAUCCCGAGGGUAUCAAGUUUGAUAUUGGCCAUGACUUUGUGGAAGCAACAAUCAACGGCGGUUGCAAGGCGUCUUAA